CAAUUUGUCCGUUUUCCAACAACUGAACUACCUCUUCUUCGAUCUCAAAAUUUCCCUUUCCUACUUCCUCAAAGUUCUCCAUCACACGCGAAUUUCGUAAUCAAAAUCAUUAUUAGAUCUCUCUGUUUGGUACUAUGGCAGUAGCACCUGAUACAGCGGAGAGGAUCGGUUCGUUGCCAAUGGAAUCUUCUGCUUCUAAAUCAGCUUCUGUUUUGGACUACGAACCUCCUUCUCCGGCUACUAUAUCCUGCGAUGCUGAUUCUCCUGAUCGCAGCGACCUUUCCGAUUCUUCUCCAAACCCUAACCGAGACUUCGAAAUUCAGGCAGCAUUGAGGAAUGAAGAGUAUAGACAGCUCUUUCGAUUGCCACCUGAGGAGGCCAUUGUACAGGAUUUUAAUUGUGCAUUCCAGGAAAGCAUUCUCCUUCAGGGACACAUGUACCUGUUUUCACACUAUAUUUGCUUUUACUCCAACAUAUUUGGAUUUGAGACUAAGAAAGUAAUUCCCUUCAUUGAAGUUUCAAGUGUAAAAAGAGCAAAGACAGCUGGAAUAUUCCCUAAUGCUAUAGAAAUUUUUGCUGGAGAGAGAAAGUUGUUGAUUUGGCAGUACUUCUUUGCAUCAUUCCUUUCACGUGAUGAAGCGUUCAAGCUCAUUAAUGAUGGAUGGUUGCAGUGUGUUAAUGGUGCUAGAGCAAUAACAGAAGAGCAGGAAUCAAUGAUAUCUGGGUCUAGUAGCCUAGAUAAUGGAAUUAUAAUUGAAAAGGUCAAUAGCUUCAGAGGGAUAAAUGAGUUGGAUUCUGAUGACAGGGAUAAUGAUGUUUCUCUAUCAAAUGACUAUAUGCUUUCAGCCCCUUCCGCUGUUGAGAUUGAGAGAGCUCCAGAAAGGCUUACAGAGAUAAAAGAUAAUGUCAAAAAGGAUGUUGAACCAGUCGAUUAUAUCACCUCUUCAUCUUCAACGACUUCGAUAUGGAAUGAGGAAGAUGCAGAACCACCUGAGAUUCGAAAAUCUUAUACAAGAGUAGGAGAAACAAAAUUUCCGAUAAAGGUCGAGGAGUUUUUUAAUUUUUUCUUUUCAGAUGAUGCUAGUAAUUUUAUUGAAUCUUUCCAUCAAAGAUGUGGAGAUAAAGAAUUUAGGUGCUCUUUGUGGCAACCUCAGGAGAAGCUUGGGCAUACCCGUGAUGUGUCAUUUCAACAUCCAAUAAAAAUUUAUUUUGGUGCAAAAUUUGGGAGCUGCCAGGAAAAACAGAAAUUUCAAGUAUACAGAAACAGUCAUUUGGUUAUUGAGACAUCACAAGAAAUCAAUGAUGUACCCUAUGGAGAUUAUUUUCGCGUUGAGGGGCUCUGGGAUGUAGUCAAAGAUGCUGAUGAAUCAAAUGAAGGCUGCCUGUUGCAGAUAUAUGUAGAUGUGGCAUUCAGCAAGAAAACUGUCUUUAAAGGGAAGAUAGUGCAAUCUACCUUGGAAGAAUGUCGUGAAGCUUAUGCAACAUGGAUAAAUAUGGCACAUGAAUUGCUGAAGCAGAAGAACCUUGAAAGACGAGAAGAAGGUCCUAAUGUGAUUCAGAAUGUUGAAGUUCAUACGGAAGUUGCACUGAGAAGUGUGGAAACUUCAGAAAAAUCAAGCCAGUCAAAUGACCGUGGAAGGAUAGCGCAGAUGUCCGGUUCCUUGGACGUGAAUGAACGGGUUGGUGACCUUGUGCAAGAGAAUUUCACGAAUGCUACAGCGGUUGCAUCCUUGUUGAGAGAAUAUGCAACGAGAUUCUCUACAUUUUUGAGAAGUCAGAGCCAAGUUUCCCUGAUAUUAGUUGUUGCAUUCGUUGUAAUCUUCCUGAUGCAGGUGAGCAUACUUGUCCUGUUAAACAGACCGCAAACUGUUCAGGUGGCUUCUCCGGGAGAGUACUACAUGGGUGGCAUGGGUAGUUCAAUGGGUGACCGAUCAACUGAAGCUGUGGCGUGGCUGGAGAGGCGAAUUCACCACCUUAAGGACGAGAUGUUCAUGGUUGAGGGGCAGCUGGAGAGAUUGCGGCAUGAGCACAAUUGGAUAAAAGCUCAGUUGAAAGACCUAGAUGGUCUUAGAAACCGUAACUAACCUGAACUUGUAUAGAUGGUGAUGGCUUGUCAGUAAAUUAUUUUUCUUUUCUUUUCCAUUCUUUCACAAAAAAAAAAAAAAAAAUUAACAGUUUUUCAUUACGAAAGUAUAUACUAAACUUGCAUGUCUUUUAA